AGUAUCGGCGGCGCGCUCUGUCCGUGCGUGUGUGAAGAACGCAUGCGCAGAUUAGCGAGAUCCGGGGUGUGGAGCAGUGUGUCCCUGGAGGAGGUUUCAGGUCAUCAUCUGCGUCCAACCUGAUGUGACACAUGGCGAACGCUGAGGUUACUGUCCCCAUGGGGGACGUUGUGGUCAUUCCCAGCGACUGCACAGAGGAGGACGAUCCCGAAGAUACCAAGACGCAGGUUAUCCUGCAGCUGCAGCCCAUUCCCCAUGGAAUGUAUGAGGAGAUGUCCGACACCAACGCUGCUGUUGUGUCAUUGGAGACUCACACUCUGAAGAUGGGAGAUACAUUAGAUGGUGACACAGUGGAGCUGAGUGAUGACAUUGACAUUGCAUAUCCAAUCACCUGUGGAGACAGCAAAGCUAUUUUACUCUGGAAGAAAUUUGUGUGUCCGGGGAUCAAUGUCAAGUGUGUCAAGUUUAAUGAACAGAUGAUUAGCCCUAAAACCUUUGUUAAUUUGGCUGGAAAAUCAACUUUAAAGGAUUGGAAGAGAGCCAUUCGCCUUGAAGGAGUCAUGUUACGAAAAAUGAUGGAUUCUGGUCAGAUCGACUUUUAUCAACAUGACAAACUCUGUACAAACACGUGUCGCAGUACCAAGUUUGACCUCCUGAUUAGCAGUGCCCGUGCCCCUGUUCCUGGACAGAGUAAUGUUGUGCAGACGCCGCCCACAGGGGAAGGGUCCCUGUCUUCAGUGACUAUUUCAGAGGAGACUGUGGAAGAUGGUGCGAUCGACUGGGGCUCAGGACUUACUGCUACAGUGCAGAUGUGUAGAGAUGACCAAGACAGGAAUGGGGAAGAGAUUUCUGAAGAGACUCUGCUGUUCUGGAAAGGGAUAACGGAUGUGGGACUUAUGGAUGAGGUUGUCAGCAAAGUCCAGAAUGAAAUUGAGGAGAUUUUAAGUGGUGUCCAACAGAGAAUAGACCAGCAACCAUUUCAAAUUACAGAUGCCACUGUGCUCAGUAACAUUGCUCAAACUUUUGGGCUUUUGGAUGUUGUAAAAAAAGUGCUUGAUCAAAAAAGGAAUCAGACAGAUCAGAGUGAAGAACAGUAUCACUAUACGCUUGCAGAUCUUGAAAGGCAGCUUGAAGAACAAAAGAAGCAGGAAGGUAAUCAUUCUCCAAUUCUUCAGAAUGUGGUCCUGAUGCCAGUUAACACUCCCAAACCCCCCAAGAGGCCUCGCCUUCAGCGUCCAUCAUCUGCUGGUACUUUGAGUACUCAGUCAUCGCAGCCACAAUAUACCGUGCUCUCUCCCCUCACAUUGGCUCCAGUUGGACAGCAGUUUUCUUUAGGUGGUUUACGGUACACAACUGUAUUGGGCAAAACUGGGGAAGGUGAUGCCCUUACUGUAUUAGCAACAGAAAUGCAGGAUUCGGGGUCAUUAGGUGGAGUUAUGAGCCCAGUAGAGCUUGUGGCAAUGGAUUCAGAACUUGGACAGGAUGGAAUUGGUGAUGAAGGCCAGACGAUCAUUCAGAUAGACCCAGCACCGGACCCUGAGGGUGGAUCUAAGGUGAUGGAACUGGGUGAUGGGAAGGUCCUUGGGGUUGGACACCAUGAUGGCCUGCAUAAUGUGGAAAUUGUAGUGUUAGAAGAUGAGUAACAAUUGUAAUGCAGGGAAUGAGGAUAGUUAUUAGAGUCAGUUGGAAAGAAAGUUAAUUUAUUAGACAUCCUUUUUAUUACUUUAUUUUUAUGACCUGAUGACAAAUGCCACAUUAGUUUAUAGAUAAGAUGAAGCCUUUCUGUUGAAGGAUGGACCUUUCACAGAGACCAAUAAAUAUAACUGCAGCCUGCGCUUUUCCUGUAUAUAGUGUGUAUAAAUGUUAAAUGUUGAAAAAUAUUUUUUUUUUAUUAAAAAAACAAAUCUAUUG